CAAACUUAGAUAUUUUAAUGUAUAUUUCCAAAAAUUUGUAUUGCCAUUUUCAACUAUUUUUAAACCCCCCUUUUCACAAGUUAACUCAAUAUAUGAGCUACUACAUUAGUUCAUGAAUAAGCUUGAAACAGGUGUGGUAUCCAUAAAUAUAUCCAUGGCACCGCAAGUAUCCCAACAGCCUCUGGGGUUUGAGUGUUCCUUGGCAUCAAAGAUUCUAAGAAUUAUGAUAAAAAUCCUUCUUGUUCCUGUCAGCACAACUAAAGAUGGUGUUUUCCAGUUGAGGUACAUAUCCUGGAGGUUUUUCUUUGGAUGGUUGAUUUGGACAUUCCUUCCCUCUUCCGUGUGGGGAUACAUCUUUUAUUCAGAUCUUGUUCUUGUGAUUGAAGAUAUAAAUGAAGAUCCUGGAUUUAAUAAUGUAUCUGAUCAGGUUUUUGCACAGACAGACAAUAUCUUAACAUUGGUCUCUUUCUGGGUUCUUCCCUCAGGAAUGGGACUUUUGGUCUCUCAAGUUGGUUCCAAUGACAAUCUUACACUACCAACAAGAAAAUUAGAAUUAUUCUUAUGCACAAUGUUAAAUGCAAUCUUCUAUACAUAUUAUUUAGUUGAGAUGACAGGAUCGCAAUUAUUUUUUGGUCUUAUUAUAGGAGGAUUUUACACCAUACAUUUGACAUCUAGUAUGUUUCUGAUAAAUGUCUUUACGAGUAGCUUUAUUCAGAAAUGUAUGAAAUUUAAUGCCACACAAAAUCAAAACUUAGUGGAUGAAUCUAAACUAAUUAUAGAAUCCUAUGGAAAUCUGAAGAAAGGUCUUGGACCAGUGCUUUUAAAUCUUUUCUGUAGCUUUCUAAUAUCAAUUACCUACACAACCUACUGGGUAACCUACAGAAUCCGUUUGUUAGACUUUGGAAAUAUUUUGACUGGAAUUAUGAUAAUUUGGAAUUUGUCUUUGUCAUGCCAAAGCUGCUUUGAUUGGCUGCAAUCAACAGCACAUAUUCUAAGGUUGUCUGCGGACCAAUAUAUAGACUGUUCAAUCCAGAACCAGCUUAACUGGCGUUGGUCUGAGAUCAUUUCAGAAACCGAAAUAACAGCUAUGGGAUUUUUUGCUUUGAGUAAGUCAAGUAUGAUCACUGCAUUCAGUACCAUUCUGGGAUAUCUAAUUGUACUUGUACAGUUUAAAGUUGCAGAGCAAUAGAAUUUCCCUUAUCAGUUUAGCCAUCAUUGGUGGUUAUGAGCAAAAUGAGGAAAAACCUUGAAAAUGUUACAGCAUUUAAAUGAAUAAGUACAUUUGUCUUUAUUGUCUAAUUCAACUCUAAAAAAGUUUGAAAGGAUGAAUUCUUAAUCAAUGUUAUACGUUUGUUUUGUGUAUGAUUAUUUGAUGCAUCAUGAUGGCAGUCUGCGGGUUCUAUAUUGCAUUCCCUUUCUUGAAAUCAAUCUAAUUAUCAUAACGAAUAAUCUAAAAAAGAAAUUUUUAAGGCAAUUAUGAUCUUUGUCUUAGCUUAUCAUAUAUUUAUGCUUAAGCAUAAAUUAAUGCUACCGUAAGUGUCCAAAAUGAUUGAAUAUGUUAAUUUAUGUUAAUCUAAAGGAUUCAGAACAGAGAAUGUUAAAUAAAUGUUAAUAAAUGUUAAUAAAUGUUUAGAAUUUUGUAAAUUUAACUGAGAUAAGCAAAUGAAAGUUUUUCUAGUGUAACAAGGAGCAUCAUUAAAACUGACUGAAAAAGUAUUUUUGAAUUUAACCAUAGAUUCAGAUGAGGUGACACAGAAAAUUAAAACAACAUUUUUUACUAAUAAAGAAACUUUUGUUGAUCUACAGAAUUAUGCUCAGGGCCCAGCAUAACCUCUAAGUUCCAAGGGGUAGACAGGAAUUUGUACAGGUGGAUGGGGGGCGGUGGGUUGGGAGGGGGGGGGGGGUUAGCUUUUAUAGCCCCCUGUAUACAUCUGAGAUAAAAAAAAUCUUUGGACCAAUGUAAAACAGCUAUCAAAACAUUUAGCUUAUUCAUUGGUUACUCAGUAUAAUGGUUAAACAUUUCUAACCAUUGUGAUUUAAUUUGACAAUGCCUCAACUAUGACACAAUCUUGAGCUAUCAAUGCCUCAACUAGGACACAAUCUUGUAAACUGUCAAUUUCUCAACUAGAAAACGACCUUCAACCUGUUUAUCAACCAGGGAACGAUUACUCUCUUGCAGUAAACAGUCUAGUAUGGAGUCUCUAUUUCAACUAGUGUAUUUGAGGUUUAUAUCUAAUAAGUUCAAGUUUAUCGACUUAAUUACAAUUCCUAUGUCGUUAUCUAUAUCACAUGAUUAAGGCAACAUGUUACGUAUUACAGUACAGUUAAAAUAGACGCAAUUAAGAUGUUUGUCAUUAUAUAUCACAUGAUUAAGCUAAUCAAGCUACGUAUUACAGCACAGUUAAAAUAGACGCAAUUAAGAUGUAUGUCAUUAUAUAUCACAUGAUUAAGCUAAUCAAGCUACGUAUUACAGCACAGUUAAAAUAGACGCAACUAAGAUGUAUGUCAUUAUAUAUCACAUGAUUAAGCUAAUCAAGCUACGUAUUACAGCACAGUUAAAAUAGACGCAAUUAAGAUGUAUGUCAUUAUAUAUCACAUGAAUAAGCUAAUCAAGCUACGUAUUCAUUUGAAGCGUAGUUCAAAUGUAUAAUGGGUUUUGUGUAGAAGUUUACAAAUGUUGAUAAUUAACAAUGUACAAAGUACUGCAGGUUUACAGAUGAUUGUGUUACCGGAUAUUUAUUGCAUCCAAACUGUUAAUAUUCUAAUUUGUGAGGAUUUUUUCAAAAUGCUUUGGUUAAAUCACGGUAAAAAAUGUAAAUAAGUAGAAAG